AGCUAUGUUUCGGAAAUUAUCUACUUCAGUGUCCUAUCAACUACUGACGAGGGGCAUAAAGACCAAUCCACAGCAUGUUCACUUUCCUGCUUUCAAACAGCCAAUGCUGGCUGCUGAUUGCUUUAAAGGUCAAACUAUUUUGGUGACUGGUGGAGCCACAGGUCUUGGAAAAGGCAUGGCAACAAUGCUGUCUAAUUUAGGGCGCCAAAGUGUGCAUUGCCAGUAGAAAUGUACAAGCCCUUCAAGAUACAUCAUCAGAAAUCAGUGAAAUAACCAAAAAUGAAGUUUUUUAUUAUUCAAUGGACAUCAGGGAUCAUGAAAAGGUUUCUGCUGUGGCAGAUCAAUUUGUAGAAGAUCAUGGAAUUCCAAAUGCUGUUGUAAAUAAUGCAGCAGGAAACUUCAUUGCCCCAUCAGAGAGACUGUCAGCUAAAGGCUUUAAUGCUGUAACAAGCAUUGUACUGCAGGGUACAUUCAAUGUAACAUCAGCAUUUGGUAAAAAGAUGAUUGAAGAAAAGACAGGAGGAACAUUUCUUAACAUAACCGUCUCUGGAUUUAAAGGAACAGGAUUUGUGCUACCAUCUGCUUGUGCAAAAGCCGGAGUUGAUGCAAUGACACACUCACUAGCAUCAGAGUGGGGACGAUAUGGUAUUAGGAUGAACAGUAUUGGACCCGGACCAAUCUAUACAAAAGGAGCUUUCUCCAGACUUGAUCCAGGUGGAGAGGGAACUAAUAAGAUGGUCGAUCAAGUUCCUGUUGGACGUGUGGGGGAGGUUGAGGAAUUGGCUAAUUUAGCCUGCUAUCUUGUUCACCCUGCAUCUUCAUGGUUGACAGGCCAGCGAAUCGACUUUGACGGAGGAUUAGCAAACUAUAUGGGUGGAAUGUUUAAUGGAUUAUCUGAAAUUACCCCCGACCAAUGGGAUAUGAUUGAGCAAAUGAUAAGAUCUACCAAAGGUUCAUAAUUUUGUAUACGAUUUAGAUUUUAGAGUCCCGUCUACCACCUUUGUCCUACAAUCCUCUAAGUUGCAGUUCAGCUCACAUGGUUGCAUGUUUUUAUACCUUAUGAAAUUGUUUGUUAAUGAUUUGAUGAAAUUGACAGAUUUUUGAUGUAAUUAAGAUGUUUGAUUUUUAUGUUAAAAGAAUAAUUUGAUCAAUUAUAUUAUGCACACUCAUGCUUUUCUGACUAAUUGACUAAUUGGAAAGUUUUUCUUGGAUAUUAAGUAAUCUUCCAUUCCUUGAAAUUG